GCCCAAGCGACAUCUAUCGGAAAUUGAACAACUCUCUCUCUCUUGUUUACAAACUUAGUUUUGUCAUUUUAAAAAUGUUCUCUUGAAGUUUAUUUCUUUUUCACAUUUAUGUAGAGAAAUUAGUGUUUUUGAUACAGAAAAUAAUAACAAAUAUUAAAUAUUUAUCAUUCUGGCUUGAUGAACAAUGAAAAUAUAAAAGACAUGGAAGAGGAAAUCGCCAAAAACUCAACUUUCAUCAAUUUUCUAAGCAAGUAUGUGGAAGAUUCCAACUAUGUAUAUUGGCUUUACAUGACUGUAUACUAUCCGCUUAUUGUGACAUUUCUAUUGCCAUGCGUUUUCGUACUCUUGAUAUAUUUCUCGUCUAUGACAUUGUACAUUUUCAAGUUUCACAGAUGGGUUUUAAUGAAAGAAAUCAGAGCGGAUGACGUUAACUUUUGGAAGGUCGCAAAUAAGUUUAUAGCAGCAGUUUGGGAUGCUCAUGCUACGAUUUAUCAUGGCUACGAAAUUCACGGCUUGGAACAUCUUCCGAGAAAUGGACCUGCUUUACUAAUUUACUACCAUGGAGCAAUUCCAAUUGACAUGUAUUACUUUGUCGCUAAAAUUUAUUUGAAAUUAGACAGAUUGACUUACACAGUUGGUGAUCGUUUCUUGUUUAAGCUCCCAGGAUGGAAAAUUAUUGCACAAGCUUUAAAAGUUUCACCUGGAACAGUCAAGUCUUGUACCGAGACAUUAAAUCGGGGAAAUCUCUUAGCUAUAUCACCUGGAGGCGUUUAUGAAGCGCAAUUCGGCAAUAAUUAUUAUGAAUUGUUGUGGCAAAAUCGACUUGGAUUCGCAAAGGUUGCAAUUGAAUCGAAAGCUCCAAUCAUUCCAAUGUUUACUGAGAAUCUUAGAGAAGGCUUUAGGAAUAUUGGCAUUGCCAGGAAAUUUUUUAUAACACUCUAUAACUGGACAAGAAUUCCCGUUCGUCCAAUUUAUGGUGGAUUUCCUGUUAAAUUUAGAACACAUCUUGGCCCACCGAUUUACUAUGAAGAAGGCAUAACUCCUAAAGAACUGCAAGAAAAAACAGCAAUGGCUAUUGAGAAGUUAAUCGUGGAAAACCAACGAAUUCCAGGAUCAAUUGUUGGCGGACUCUUAGAUCGCUUCUUUAAUCAGAAACAAAUUGAUGUUGUACUGAACAAAACAAGACAGCGUAGAUUCAUUAAUAAUAAAGACACAUGAGAUGUAAUAUUGUAUUUU